GAGGAUCUGGAAGAGCAUUUUACGGAGUAUUAUGGGAUAUUAGAGAAAUAUGGGAUCUACUUUGAAGACGUAUGGAAUAUGGAUGAAACGAGCUUUUAUAUCGGCGUUUUGAAUAGAAAGAUCAUUAUUAUAUACCUUAAUACGAAAGCUAUCUAUUUGGCAGAUCCCGAUAAUCGAGAAUCACUUACUGUAAUCGAAACUAUAUCCGCUAGAGGGCGAAGCAAUUAUACUAUUCCUUAUUUUAAAGGGGGAGAUCCUAGUAGAGGCAUACUUUAA